AUGGGCGCCUAUCUCUAUGGGCGCCUAUCUCUAUGGGUGCCUAUCUCUUUGGGCGCCUAUCUCUAUGGGCGCCUAUCUCUAGGGGUGCCUAUCUCUAGGGGCGCCUAUCUCUAUGGGCGCCUAUCUCUAUGGGCGCCUAUCUCUACGGGCGCCUAUCUCUAUGGGCGCCUAUCUCUAGGGGCACCUAUCUCUAGUGGCGCCUAUCUCUAUGGGCGCCUAUCUCUAGGGGCGCCUAUCUCUAUGGGCGCCUAUCUCUAUGGGCGCCUAUCUCUAUGGGUGCCUAUCUCUUUGGGCGCCUAUCUCUAUGGGCGCCUAUCUCUAGGGGUGCCUAUCUCUAGGGGGCGCCUAUCUCUAUGUGCGCCUAUCUCUAUGGGCGCCUAUCUCUAUGGGCGCCUAUCCCUAUGGGUGCCUAUCUCUUUGGGCGCCUAUCUCUAUGGGCGCCUAUCUCUAUGGGCGCCUAUCCCUAUGAGUGCCUAUCUCUUUGGGCGCCUAUCUCUAUGGGCGCCUAUCUCUAGGGGCGCCUAUCUCUAUGGGCGCCUAUCUCUAUGGGCGCCUAUCUCUAUGGGCGCCUAUCUCUAUGGGUGCCUAUCUCUUUGGGCGCCUAUCUCUAUGGGCGCCUAUCUCUAG